AAAACAAAAGAAUACAAAGCAGAGAACGAAUAGCUGCCGAAAGGCAGAGAUAAAAAGUAUAAAUAAGUUUGUGAAAUUUACGUUAAUUUGCUUUGAGCAUCACGAGGAAAUUGCGAAAAUUGAAAGUGUGAAAAAAACACAAGGAACAACAGUUGGUGGAAACGGGAAUGGCGUUGCUGCUGGUGCACCUGCGUCGCCUCAUUCUGCUGCUGAGUGUCGUCUAUUUGACCGGCGCUGCCUUCCGUCGGCUGCUCAGCGAACGGCAUUAUGGGCAUGUGUUGCAGCCACAUGGAUACGCUACUUGGGGCCGCAGGGGCAGCUGGACUAAGGAUCCGCUACACUUUCAAUGGUGGGCCUAUAUAUACACCUGUUACGCCUACAUUCUGCUGGUCAAUUAUGUCAACAUGCGUCGUUUGACAAACUUAAUUGAGUUCUUCUUAAGUUAAGAAUAUUUUUUUUAACGUGUAUUUCAUUUUAAUUAUUUAUUUAAUUCGAA